CAGCGCAUGCGCGGUGCAGCGGAAGUGUGGGAGGCGGGCAGCGCGCGAUGUCGGGGCCGGGGCUGGUGGCGGGUGAAGUCGCGGUUGACGCGCUCCCGUAUUUCGACCAAGGCUAUGAGGCGCCCGGCGUGCGGGAGGCGGCCGCGGCGCUGGUGGAGGAGGAGACGCGGCGUUAUCGGCCCACCAAGAACUACUUGAGUUACCUGCCUGCGCCAGACUACAGCGCGUUUGAGACUGAAAUAAUGCGAAAUGAGUUAGAACGCCUAGCAGCUCGACAGCCUUUGGAACUUCUGAGCAUGAAAAGGUAUGAAUUGCCUGCUCCCUCUUCUGGGCAGAAGAAUGAUAUUACAGCAUGGCAGGAAUGUGUUAAUAACUCAAUGGCUCAACUGGAACAUCAGGCAGUUCGAAUUGAGAACUUGGAGUUGAUGUCCCAAUAUGGCUGCAGUGCCUGGAAAGUGUAUAAUGAGCAUCUAGUCCAUAUGAUUGAACAGGCACAAAAGGAGCUGCAGAGUUUGAGAAAACACAUUCAGGACCUCAACUGGCAGCGGAAGAAUAUGCAACUCACCGCUGGUGCUAAACUUAGGGAGAUGGAAUCUACUUGGGUGUCUCUGGUCAGUAAAAAUUAUGAGAUUGAACGAACCAUUGUGCAGCUGGAAAAUGAAAUCUCUCAGAUCAAGCAACAACAUGGAGAAGCAAACAAAGAAAAUAUUCAACAGGACUUCUGAGACCUUUCUUGAUCUUCUGUUGCUAGCACAAAAAACCUGCUUGAACUGAACACAUGGUUUAGCUACUCAUUUUUGUGUUUCUAGUGAUAGGUAAAUCCUCUGUGUUAUCUGUUCUUGGACUUUACAAAACUGACUACAAACAGCAUAAUUGUUCCCUGGAAGAGUUAAAACUGGACUCAUUUCCUCCAAUUUCUGGCAUGAACAAGUUGUUUUUUUUAAAUCCUUAUUAGAUUUUUUAAAAAAUCUGAAGAUAAAUAUUUUGCAACUUCACCUUUUGGUAAGAACAGCAAAAAAACCCCCACUGAUACUAAUUAAAGCAAUUGUGACAUUGUGUCUACUGCCAGCUUAGUUGAUGGAAAGGAAUACAAGCUUUGAAAUGUUAGAAAGCUCACAUCAAAUCAUAUUUAAAAAGAGACGAUACAGUAACAGAUUUUAAUUAAGAUGGUAAACUUCAUUGUAAUCUAUGUUUUUCACAAAUACACGAAUCAUUUGAGCAUA